AUGAGCAUGUCAUCUUCUAUGCCGGAGUUAAUUCAUAGAUGGAAUCAUACAUUUUCCAUCCUUUCCAUAGUCUCAUUCCCUAAUAAAAAGCUUCUUUUUGCUGGUACACAAGACUCAAAAAUACUGGUGUUCGACCUACCGAAUUACAAUCUCAUAAAGACAAUCAAAUUAGGAAGCUCUCUGGAGACUAACACAAGAUCCAGUGUACUUUGCCUCACAAGAUCAGAUGACGAAAAAUAUUUAUUCUCUGCAGGUGCAGAUUCAUUGGUAAGAAUUUGGUCCAUUAAUGGAUCUCCCCUAGAAAAUACGGUCUCGGUGGAGGAAGUUGCUACGGUCUAUUCUGUCACUGAUAUUGGAGACAUAUUUUCCAUAAUUUAUUUGAAUUCUUUGCAAACUUUGGUCCUUGGUUGUCAAAAUGCAAGUUUGCUUUAUUUGGAUAAUAUAUUCGAAAGAUUGAAAUGUAAGUUGAAAUCUAAAGAAGAUAAUAAUGAAAAUAGAUUACCUCAUAGGAGAUAUGAUAAAUUUUUUGAUUCAUUGGGUCCCAUGGGAUCAACCACACCUUCUCAGGAAUCAUUGGCAACAACGCCAGAGAUUAAAACAUUUCAAAAAAACAACACCAUUUUGGAAAUUCCCUCUGAAAAUAUCAUCAAAUAUGCACAUAAUGGGUUUAUUUAUUCCCUUUGUAAAAUGUGCACCUCGUUAAAUUGUCAGUUCGAUCAUGGACGUUCACCGGUUCGAGAUGGAACUCAAAACAAAAAUAAAUUCACUGAAUGUAUAGUAUCUGCAGGUGGUGAUGGAAUUAGUAAGAUAUGGAAAUUUGAAUCCAUUACAGAUAAGAACGGUACGAAAGUGACGAUCACUAAUAAUGAUGAAAUGGAUAAUGACGAUAGCGUCCUUUCACAAGCCAUUGAAUUUCCCUUUUUAUAUUGUGGGUUAAGUGGUGGGCUUGUUAAAAUCUGGGACUUAAAUACAAAACAAUUAGUUUCCACGCUGGAUACUGGGGACAAAUCUGAUGUCAUCUCCAUCUCUGUGUACAUGGACCAUAUAUUUGCUGUUAACGCGUCAGGCAUAACUUUAUUUUAUCAAAAUCAAAUUCAUCAUUGGGAUCCUAAUCAAGGUAAAAUGCUGAGUUCAGAGAUAUUCGAGAGAAAAUCUAAAAUUGGUAUUCAUAAUUCUCCUAGUUUACUUACAGGUGGUAACGAUGGAUCCUUAACAUUAUGGGACUUGUCUCAUAUUUUCCAAAAUACAAUCCUCUCCUCAUCAAAAAUGGAGAGAUCAAACUCAUGGGCAACGUAUCAACCUGCCGGUUUGAAUAGUGAAGAAAUGUUAUCAACAUUGAGAGAACUUAUAUCAUAUGAAACAGUUUCACAAGGGUAUGAUACUCAACAACAACUGGCCUCUAGACGUUGUGCUACGUAUUUGCAACAAUUGUUGAUAAAUUUUGGGGCAUCUGUUUCUCAAUUACUUCCCGUAAUGAGUGGUGGAAAUCCUGUAGUGUUUGCUCGAUUCAAUGGUAACGGUAAAAAUAAAAAGAGGAUAUUAUGGUACGGACAUUAUGAUGUUAUUCCAGUGGGUGAUCCUGAAAGGUGGACUACAGAUCCGUUUGUACUAACUUGUGAAAACGGAUAUUUGAAAGGUCGUGGUGUUAGUGAUAAUAAAGGUCCGUUAGUGAGUGCCCUUCACAGUGUCGCCAAUUUGUUUCAAAAUGAUGAGCUAAUUAAUGACGUGGUUUUUUUAAUUGAAGGCUCUGAAGAGAUAGGUUCCCCAGGUUUUGCAGAAGUUUGUCAAAAAUAUAAGGAAGUCAUUGGGGAUAAGAUCGAUUGGAUAUUUUUAAGCAAUUCGACGUGGGUGGAUGAGGAGCAUCCAUGUUUAAACUAUGGGCUAAGAGGUGUUAUUAACGCACAGGUUCGUGUUUGGAGUGAUCAACCAGAUAGACAUUCUGGUGUUAAUGGUGGUGUAUUUAGAGAACCCACCACUGAUUUAAUAAACAUAAUCUCGAAAUUACAAAAUGAUGAAGGUCAUGUGCAUAUUCCAAAUUUUUAUUCUCCGUUGAAACCGCUAUGUGAUAUUGAUUAUGGUAGGUUUGUGGAAAUAACGAAAACUGCCAACCUAGAUGAGAAUAAAACCAUAGAUGAACUAAUUACCAACUGGACCAAGCCAUCACUUUCCAUCACCACCAUGAAAAUGAGUGGACCAGGUAACAUUACAGUGAUCCCUAAGUCUGCUUCUAUAGGCCUAUCGAUAAGGUUAGUUCCGGAACAAAGUGUUGAUGAUGUUAAAAAAGAUUUAAUUAAUUAUUUAAAAGAAAGUUUUGCAAAAUUACCUACCAAGAACCAAUUGGAAAUUACGAUACUUAACGAGGCAGAACCAUGGUUAGGAGAUCCCACAAAUCAUGCGUAUCAGAUACUCAAGCAGGAGAUUGCCUCUACUUGGGGUAUGGAGCCAUUGUUUGUGAGAGAGGGUGGUUCUAUCCCUGGUAUCCGAACUCUUGAGAGAGCAUUUCAAGCGCCUGCGGUGCAAAUACCAUGUGGACAGUCCACAGAUAAUGCACAUUUGAACAAUGAAAAUUUAAGGAUCAAGAACUGGACCAAGAUGGCAGAGAUCUUGUCCAAGGUGUUUAACCAAUUAUAA